AUGUCCAAGCCUGAGCUGAGCCUGGUCAACGAACUUGCUCGUUCACCAAGUCACGAUCUCAACCUUGAGGAGGUCAAGCACCAUACCAUCCAGCGCAGUCUUUUACGUUCCAUUCUCAUUGUCGUGACCUGUACCACUGCAAUGAUGGUCAAUACUUCCAACUCCAGUUCUGUCUCCAUCUCGCUCCCGACCAUCGAAAAGGACUUAGAUAUGGACGAAGAACAACUGCAGUGGGUUGAAUCUGCCUAUUCGCUUAGUUCGGCUUGCCUUCUCUUGUUCUUUGGUAGAUUGGCUGAUCUCUAUGGUCGAAAAAAGGGGUUCAUGUUCGGCACUCUCUGUAUAGUCGCCUUUUCUCUUGGUUGUGGCUUUGCACAGAGCGGACUUACCCUCGCCGUCUUGCGCGCCUUCCAAGGCGUCGGUGCCGCCGCUACAAUACCAUCCGCACUCGGUAUCCUGGCGCAUUCAUUCCCUCCAUCUAGAGCGCGCUCAAUAGCAUUCGCAACUUUUGCAGCUGGUGCUCCUGUCGGAGGCUCAUUUGGCACGGUGAUGGGCGGUGUCCUUGCAGAAUUUUCCUCCACGCAUUGGCGCUCUGUAUUCUAUAUGACUGCAGGAAUUUCUGCUCUCGCAGGAGUUGCCGGUAUGAUUGCAUUCGACUCAGAUGUUCCCUCGACAGAUUUUGUCGACUGGAUCGGUGCCUCGCUUAUCACCGUCAGUUUAGUGUUGAUUGUAUUUGUACUUGGUCAAGGAGAACUCGCCUCGCAAGGCUGGAAAACUCCAUAUAUUAUUGUGCUUCUCAUCAUCGGGAUCAUCAUGGUUUCACUGUUCCUGCUUUGGGAACGACACUUGGAGCAAGUUCAAGAUGAUCCAUCAAGAGCACCAUCCGCAUGGACACCACCACCACUGAUGAGGCCCUCGAUUUGGAUACGAGCAAAGGGCCAGAUGGCCGUGAUCCUGGUCAUCGCAUUCCUAGAUUGGAGUGCUUUCAUGACUUGGUUCUUCUGGGUUCAGUUGUACUAUCAGAACUACAUGUUACUUACACCAAUGCAAACUAUGGUCCGGCUCAUUCCAGCGCCCAUUGUUGGCUGUUUGUGCAACAUUUUCGUUGCAAUGGUCGUUGCCAAAUUGCCUUUGGUCGUCUUUGCAGUCAGUGGCACGCUACUGACAGCAUCUGCUGGGAUCUUAUUUGCACUGAUUGACCCGUCCGCAACGUACUGGGCCUUUGGCUUCCCGUCCACGGUUCUCGUCGUGUUUGGCGCUGAUUUUGUGUACGCCUCUGGUACACUUUUCAUUGCCCAAAACGCGCUUCCACACGAGCAGAGCGUUGUCGGAGCGCUAUUCCAGACUAUGACACAACUCGGCGUCGCAUUCGGUCUCACUAUAUCCACCAUUGUGUUCAACAGUGUGGUUAAAAAAAAGUCUGCUGACCUUGGCGUCACUGUCAAUUCCGCUGGCACCAACGCGCCUCAGUCCGCACAGCUUGCAGGAUAUAAAUCUGCGCAAUGGACCUCUGCUUCAUUUGCGCUUAUGGCUGCGCUGCUUGCAGCGCUUUUCCUCCGCAGUGUAGGGAUCGUUGGAAACAAUAAAAGUGUCAAGCAUGUCGUCGACUCUGACUCGCAUCAGACCAGGACGGACAGCCUGUCAGAUAACACCAAGAUACCAGCCACAUCCGCCUCAGGAGAUAUCAUUAUCUGACAAGGAAGACUUCAUGCCAUGACAUAGCAUCGCACGUAGAAUGGAUUCCCAUAUGGUUUGGUGUUCUUCGAGACUCGUUUCUUCUCCUUUGAUUCUGAUGUCAUGAAUAAGUUAUGUCAGUCGAAUGCUCGUUGGAUCGCCGUUGUAGAUAUCUUAGAUUGAAAAGAUAUAACUUCUGUUUCUGGAUAAAGGCGUACAGUAGGAUGUCGAAUGUUUAUGUGGGGAAUCGACGGUAAUGAC